UCCAGAGUCGCAUCCGUUCUAUCGUCAGUACCCCAUCACCCGUAUCACUAACAAUCAGAUUUAGCUGACUUUGUAUCCAGAUUCUUGCCCAGGCAUCUUCAUUACAUCAAAAUCCCGGUUCACGCAAAUGCUACGCUCUUACCUCCUCAGUCGGCUGGCAAUCCGCAAUCUCGAUGGCCAACGGUUCUCUUCUCUCACGGACUCGGCGGUAGUCGGAAUGCCUACAGUCAUAUUGCCGGAUCCCUAGCGUCUCAUGGCAUGGUGGUGUUCUGCCCCGAACAUCGGGAUGCCAGCGCAGCCAUAUCCGUAAUCCGCGAUCCCAAGGACCCCAAGUCGUCGCAUAUCGUACGCUGUCUUCGCAUCGAGCACGUCCACACCCCCGAAGUUUGGGCCAAACGUGAGACGCAGAUCCGAAUCCGCGCAUGGGAAAUAGGACUUCUCAUGGAAGCGAUCCACCGGAUUGACCUUGGCGACAACGACAUCAUCAAGGCCAACCUCAGCACCCCGAGUCCCACCCCGCUGUCGGCUCUGUAUCAGUUUACUGAACGACUUGAUGUGCAUGAGCCUGGCAAGAUGAUCUUUGGCGGACACUCUUUCGGUUCUGCGACCGUAGUUCAGGUGCUCAAGAGCACAUACUAUGCAGACCAUCCGGACAUCGCCAAGUGGGAUAACCCUCUGUUCAGGCCAGUGGAAAACUCCGCCAUCCGUCGUCAGAUCACCGAAAACACACCGACCUUCCUCCUCGACAUGUGGUGUUUCCCUAUUCUUUCGGCCGCCUCCGCCCCUCUCUUCAACUUGCCGCUCCCCGCGUAUUCUCCAACCGCUGCCUCUCCUGUCGGUGGCAACGGCAUCCUGGCCAUCGAGUCCGAGGCGUUCUACAAAUGGAAGGAGAACAUGCACAGCACAGCACGAAUUGUGUCCCCGGACCCUUCGGCCAAGUUCGUUUCUCAGACGGCGUUCGAGAGACCAGGUGCCAAGAAAAAGAAGGGUUCAGCAACAAAGCUCAGCGAGCCGAGCGUUUUCUAUGUCCAGAAUAGCGCCCAUCUCAAUCAGAGUGACUUUGGCGUGCUGUUCCCGUGGGCAGUAAAGAAAAUCUUUAAUGGGGAGCAGCCGGAGCGGAUUCUCCGGCUGAAUACGCGCGCUAUUCUGCAGUUCCUGAGAGAGAACGGGGUCAGUGUUGCGAGAACCUGGUACGGUGACCUUGUGGAAGGCGGAACCGAGGAGAAUAUUGAACUCAAGAAGGAGAAAAAGGGCGUCGAUGGAGGCAUACACCAGGAUAAGGCCAUUCUUGAGAAGAAACUUGCCAAGGGCAAUGAGGGAGACAUUAAAGAGGAAAAGAACGGCGAGAAGAAAUCGCCUGGGUCGAUCGAGGCCUGGAGGUGGAUCAACAUCAUCGGCAUGGGCGCAGAAUCUGGUCCUAGUGAGGCUGGAUUGCAGUCCGGUGAGACCACGGCCCAAGAGGCCGAAGAGGCCGAACGUGUUGAGGAGGAAAUGGAAAGACAGAUGGAGCCAGGAAUGAACCACGAUGACCUUGCGGAGCCUGCGACGGCAGCAACUUUCCCUAGUGAGGGCAUCACCAGGAAUGCUCGCGCGGAAGUGGACGAGCGCACAACGGCUUAGGACUGCCUUGUGAUGUAGACUUGGCUGGCUCGGACGGAAUAGAAAUGAAAGGCUCAAGAGGCGGGCAUGGAUAACUAGGGAUAGACAAAGCGUCCGCGAGGAGACCGUUGAUAGACGUCGACCCUUCUGGCAUACACCAAAGAAUAUUACACAAUCCGUUCAUGAUACCAGAUCAGAACCUCUCUGGGCAUCUUGAAACCGUCUCAGUCAGGAAAUGUGUUCCGCUCAAUGAUUUGUUAUGUAAUGGAUAACCGGAGUAGAUUCUUGUAAGAGUGAGGGCGUGUUUGUCUCCCCUGAAAUCGGGCUCUGAAGUGUUCAGAGCCGUUUUUUCAGAGUGCUGUUUGGAAACCUCUGAACAAUUCAGUACUGAAAUUGCUCCACAAAUCCCCGUUCUGAAAUUCUGA